CCACGGGGCCGGGCAGGUGGAGCGCGUGAGGCACCGGCACCGGCACCGGCACCGGCACCGGCACCGGCACCGGCACCGGAACCCCCCACGGCACUUUUGGGGUUUUUCCGGCUGCUUUAGGGUGUUUUUGCCGGGUUGUUUUUUUGCCCCCGCUCCCUCUUGGCUGUCCCGGGGCCGCAGCCUCUCGGGGCCCCCCCGGUAGCACCGGGCAUGGAGGGGGCGGCGGGAGCCCGGCCGGGCGGGCAGCGCUGACCGGCGCCGCGUCCCGGGGCCGCCGCCGGCGGGGACCCCCAUGAGCGGCUGAGCGGGGCCGGCGCCCCCCGCCCGUCCAUGGGCGCGCUGGAGCCGGGCACCGGAGCCCCCCGGCCCGCCGCCCCCAUGCUCAGCGCCGCCGCCAGCUUCGCCAAGGAGCCGCCGGGCCCGCGGGACGCCGCCGCCGCCGCCGCUUUCUUCGGUGAUGGAGGGGGACCGGAACCGGGAGCCCCCCCGCUCCCUUACGGCGCUCCCGGCGGCUUCGGCGGCCGGUUCCUGGGGCCGUGCCCGCCCUACCGGGCGCCGCCGCCUCCCGCCGCGCCGGUGGAAGGUUACGCGGGCGCCGAGGGCGGUUUGGGCGGCGGGGGGAGCCCGCUGUGCCCCCCGCUCUGCGCCCUGCCCGGGUACCGCGCGGCCGGCAAGGUGCAGGUGAUGCUCAACAAUUACCCGCUCUGGGCCAAGUUCCACAAGCACCAGACCGAGAUGAUCAUCACCAAGCAGGGCAGGCGAAUGUUCCCCUUCCUCAGCUUCAACCUGUCGGGGCUCAACCCCGUGGCGCACUACAGCGUCUGCGUGGACGUGGUGCUGGUGGACCAGCACCACUGGCGCUACCAGGGCGGCAAGUGGGUGCAGUGCGGGAAAGCCGAGGGCAGCAUGCCAGGGAACCGCCUGUACCUGCACCCCGACUCGCCCAACACGGGCGCGCACUGGAUGCGGCAGGAGGUUUCCUUCGGGAAGCUGAAGCUCACCAACAACAAGGGAGCCUCCAACAACGUCGGGCAGAUGAUCGUGCUGCAGUCGCUGCACAAGUACCAGCCGCGGCUGCACGUCACGGAGGUGAAGGAGGGCGAGGGGGAGGACGGGUACCCCUCCCCACACACCCACACCUUCGCCUUCCCCGAGACCCAGUUCAUCGCCGUCACCGCCUACCAGAACGCCGACAUCACCCAGCUGAAGAUCGACCACAACCCCUUCGCCAAAGGAUUCCGGGACAACUUCGACUCGAUGUACGCGGCCUCGGAGAGCGACCGCCUGACCCCGUCCCCGCCGGAGGCUCCGGGCUGCCAGCAGCUGCUGCCGGCGCCGCGCUUCCAGCCCUUCCUGCCCGAGCAGUUCCCGCUGCCCCCGGGCCGCUUCUUCGGGGGGGAGCGGGGGGCCGCGCUGCCCCUGCCCCCCAAAGACCCCCCGCCCUGGUACUUCCCCCCGCAGCAGCCCCCCGCCCCCGGCGCGCUGGACUACGGCGGGUUCGAGGGGGGCUACGGGGGGGGCAAACUGGUGCCCUACGGGGUGAAACCCUUCGCGCUGCCCCCCGCCCCGCACCCGCCCCUGCCCUACUACCCCGAGGGGCCGGGGGGCUUCGGGGUGGCGGGCGGCUGGAGCCCCGGGCAGUACGGCCCCAAGGGCGGCGCCGCGGCUCUGGGCUGGUACCGGGAGCCCCGCGAGGAGAAGGGCAAGGAGCCGGAGGGCUGGGCCACCGAGCCCCCCGCCGCCGUGGCCGCCGGGGACUCGUCGGACUCGGGGCUGUACGAGUGCAAGCGGCGGCGGGUGUCGCCGUACCCCUCGAGCACCGAGAGCUCCUCCCCGCCCCGCAACGGCGACAUCUACGACAAGGACCCGCUCACCGACGGCGGCUACUACGGCUACUACGGCAACUGAGCCGCGCCGGGGGGCGAGCGAGGGGUCCGAGCCUCCCGGACACCCCAAAUCUGGGUCCCCCCCACCCCCACGUCCUGGCACGGCUGGAGGGGGGGGCUCGGCCUGACAAUCAGCCCCCGGUGCCACCCCGGAGGGGC